AUGGGGAAAAAAGAGAGGAGAGAUGGAGAAGAAACAUCUCAACACUCUGCUGCUACUGUAUGCAUAUCUGGCUUGCCUUAUUCCUUCACCAACGCUCAGCUGGAAGAAGCCUUUAGUGACGUUGGUCCCGUUAGGCUUUGCUUUAUGGUCACAAACAAAGGAUCUAAUGAACACCGUGGCUUUGCUUUUGUCAAAUUUGCUUUGCCAGAAGAUGCUAACCGUGCCAUUGAGUUGAAGAACGCUUCUACUGUUGGGGGCCGUAGGAUUACAGUUAAACAGGCCACUCACAGGCCUUCUCUUAAAGAGCGUCGUACUAAAGCAGCCCAAGGGAUCUCAUUACCUGAUAAUUCACAGGCAGAUAGUGACAACAAGGAUAGUUUGAUCCCUGAGACUGAGACAGACAAGCAAGUUCCUCCACCCGAGAAAAAAAUAGAGAGGAAGUCAAUUGAGCGCAAAAAACCAACUAAGCUUCAUGUUGAUUUAGCUGAUAAAGAAACAUGUUCAGAUAAGCAAAGAGUGGCAAGAACUGUAAUCUUUGGUGGCCUUGUUAAUGCUGAGAUGGCAGAGGCAGUCCAUAGUCGUGUCAAAGAUAUUGGCACUGUGUGCUCUGUCAGAUAUCCCCUCCCCAAAGAAGAGCUUCAACAAAAUGGUCUGACCCAAGACGGAUGCAGGGAAGAAGCAUCAGCUGUUUUAUUUACGAGUGUCAAAUCUGCUUGUGGUGCUGUUGCAACACUUCAUCAAACAGAGAUUAAGGGAAAUCUCAUUUGGGCGCGUCAGCUCGGUGGGGAGGGCUCAAAGGCUCAGAAGUGGAAACUUAUUAUCCGAAAUCUUCCUUUUAAGGCUAAACCUAGUGAAAUUAAAGAGGUCUUUUCAGCAGCAGGGUUUGUGUGGGAUGUUUUUGUUCCUAAAAAUUUUGAAACUGGGUUACCCAAGGGUUUUGCAUUUGUCAAAUUCACGUGUAAGAGAGAUGCAGAAAAUGCAAUUCAAAAGUUCAACGGGCACAUGUUUAGUAAAAGACCUAUUGCUGUAGACUGGGCUGUACCUAAGAAUCUUUAUAAUGGUGCCGCUGAUGCCGUUACUGCUCCAGAAAAUGGUGAAAAUGAUGGAAGUGAUGAGGAGAGUGAUAACAGUAGUGUUGAUUUGGAGGAGGUUGAUGAUGCUUUAGAAAGCCAACAACCUUCUAAAGAUGAUAUUGAUGAUGAUGAGGACAGCAGUAACAAACCAAGUGAAUCAGAUGCACUAGAGAAAGAUGCUGUGACAGAUGCGAAUUUUGAGCAGGAAGCAGAUGUAGCCAGAAAGGUGCUUAAGAACAUGCUUGCGUCUUCAAAAGUAACCAUUUCUUCUCAUGAUAGAGAGACAGAGGAGUCAGAUAAAAACAAACUCGAGGAUUCAUCACAUAACCAUGUCGUUGAAUCUUCUGGUGUCUUUGAACCUUUGAAAACCAAAGAGGUGGCGGUUCCUAAAGAAACGCAGGAAAAUGAUGAUUUUAAGAGAACUGUAUUUAUAAGCAACAUCCCAUUUGAUGUUAGUAAAGAAGAAGUCACACAGAGGUUUGCCGUAUUUGGGGAAGUUGAAUCUUUAUUCCUAGUUCUGCACCCAGUCACAAAACGACCAAAAGGGACGGCAUUUCUCAAGUUCAAAACAGCAGAUGCAUCAGAUGCAGCCAUUUCAGCAGCCAGUACUGCCUCAGGUGUCGGUAUCCUUCUUAAAGGCAGGCAACUGAGCGUUAUGAGAGCUGUGGAUAAGAAAUCUGCAAAGGACAUAGGACUUGAAAAGACAAAAGAGAAGAAUCUUGACCAUCGGAAUCUUUAUCUUGCUAAGGAAGGUCAGAUCCUUGAAGGUACACCUGCUGCUGAGGGUGUGUCUGCAGAAGAUAUGGACAGGCGACGAAGAUUGCAUGAAAACAAGAUGAAAAAGCUUCAGUCUCCUAACUUCCAUGUAUCGAAAACGAGGAUUGUUAUCUAUAACUUGCCAAAAUCCAUGAAUGAAAAGCAACUACAAAAGCUCUUAGUUGAUGCUGUUACCUCACGAGCUACAAAGCAGAAGCCAACUAUCCGACAGAUCAAGUUCUUACAAAACGAGAAGAAGGGUAAAGUUGAUACGAAGAACUACUCACGUGGAGUUGCGUUCGUAGAGUUCACAGAGUAUGACCAUGCUCUUGUUGCCCUUAGAGUACUUAACAACAAUCCUGAGACAUUUGGUCCUCAACACCGUCCAGUUAUUGAAUUUGCUGUUGAUAACGUCCAGAAGCUGAAGCUACAUAAAGCUAACCAACAGUUUCAACGAAAUAGACAGAAUGAGUCUGAGGAGAAGCAGGCGAACGGUGAAGCGCAGGCAGAAGAUAUUCAUCCUGGCAAUGAUUUAAAACGAAGAACGAGGGAUGGGGAUAACACUGGUUCAGUGGAAGAGAAUGCAAGCGGGUUCAAGAAGAAGAAACCUAUGCUCCCACGUGAACAGAGGAAAGAACAAAGUAAACCAGAGGAGAAGCCCACACAUGACAAUACCAAAGAAGCGCUAUCAAACCAGAAAGGCCAGUGGAAGAAGAGACAGCAAGAUGAAACUGAGAAACCAAACCCGAAGAAGAUUUCCAAAGAUUUGAGCGAUGCACCAAGAAAGAGAAAGUUUGAAGAGGUUAGAGGUGGAGAAAGUGUAAACGGGCAAAGGAAGAGAAAUAAUCAGAACGAGAAGAAGAAGCAAGGUGGACCUCCCGAGGUUCAGGACAAACUAGAUAUGUUGAUUGAACAGUACAGGUCUAAGUUCUCGCAGAGCUCAGCCAAAACCGGUCCACAAAAACAGAGUUCCGGACAAGUCAGGAGAUGGUUCCAGUCCUGA